AUGAAUGUACCGUUACCAGAGAAUACCACUUUACUAUCGAAUAAUGAUUUGCAUGAUUUGAUCAAUAACCAUAAGAAAGAGUUAUCACAAUAUGCAAAACUAUAUCAAACAGAUAAUAUUGAUUCAAUUAUCAAACAAACUGAACUUCGAAAGGAUGAAUUACUUUCAUUGCAAGAUAAAUAUUCUCAACUGGAAACAAAUAAAAUAAAUUUAAAUAAAGAAAUUAAUUCUUUAAGAGUAUUAUACGAACAAUAUUCCACCAAAUGGCAAAACCUGGAUACUUUAUUUAAACAAGAAUAUAGUGAAAAUGUCUUUAAAGUUCAAUUGAAAAGAAAAUUAAGUGAUAUAAAUGCCCAGUCUGCUACUUUAAAGCAGAGAAUUUUUUCCAUAACUGAUCUGAACCAACUAGACGAUCUUCUAGAACAAUAUAAAGAUAAAAGAAAACGGUAUCAUUACUCAAGGGAACAAUUAGCCACUUGGGAACAACAAGGCACUUUAAAGAGUUGA